UUGAAAAUUUUGCGGGAAAAGCCAAAGUGUAUACUGUAAAUAUAACUGGGAAAAACCAAAUAUAUAUACUUAAACCAAGUGGGAAAAACCGGCACAAACAACCAUAUUCGAAUGAUGAAAUGCAGCAGUACAGUACAGCAGUAGGCAACCUUUAAAUUAUUGAAAUAUGAGCAAAGACUUUACUGAUUUGAAUGAUAGUAUACCACUGGGAUACAGUGCAUCAUGUUUUGGAGAUGCCGAAGAGAAUGAGACUUUCAGGCGUGAUUCAGAAUCGGAAAUAUCAAGAAAAUCAACAAAAACAUCAGAACUAUUGAAAUAUUUCAGAUUCAAUGGAACUCCAAGUUCUAUUUGCGAACAUCCCAGAAAAUUUCUUGAAAAAUCACCGUUGGAAAAUAAUGAAAGUCUUUCAACUAAGAGAAGAAAUGUUCUAAUUGAGAAAAAUGGAGAAAACACUGAAGGAAAAACAAUAAACAAUGAUUUUACAAAACAAAAAACAUCAAACAAAAAGUAUUCAUCAAAGACAAAAAAGAAAUUAUCAUCUAUUCAAAAUGGUAGAAAAGCGUUGCUACCUGUGGAGAAUGGCAAUAGUCAUUUGCAAAUCUUUCAUGAAAAUGAACAUGAUGAAAUUUCGGACCCAACUCGAAACAAUGACAAAGAAAAUGAUUUACAAUGCUCAUUGUUUGAGUCUGAUGAAAAUGAUGUUUUAUUUGAGUCAAAGGGUCAAGGAUGUUCUGUAAGUGGACAUAGCAUUGGACAAAAAUCUGUGAAUGGCGGUGAUUUGUGUGCUGAAAAAACACCACAGAGAACACCUGUAGUUUUGCAUUUUUCUUCAAAUAAGGAUAAAACAAUGAAAUCUCUUGCUGUUGAUGAAAUACUAUCUGCAAAAACACCAAAAGGAAAGAGGAAAAUGAUAAAAUCGGGUCAGAAAUAUAAAAAGGCAACAACUUCACUAUGUCCUGUUGAUGAAUUGUUAACUUGUUUUGAUAAAGAUUCUCCGCCAUUGAGUUCAAUCAAAUCUACUUCGAAAUAUAAACCUUUAGACAGAGACAAAUCAAACAUAACAAGUUCAGCUGAUAUGGUAACAAAAGAGAUAUCUCAAUGGUCUGUAACAUUUUCAAGAAAUCAAGUUCAUGUGGAAGGAUAUUCAAAGGAAGAAAAUAACAAACUGGUACUUUUUCGUACAAGUUUCAUAGUCGAUGUUAAAAAUGGAGGUAGAACAAUAGUGACAUCCGGUGGAUCGGUAUAUAAUCUUUCAGGAAAUAUGCUUGUUCAGGCAUCUGUAAAUGCAGGAGUUCCUUUAAAUAUCGCAAACAAAUUUGUGAAAGGUUUUCCAUCUGGAUGGAGAACAUAUGGUAAACGGCAUGUCAAUUUAAACAGUUCAGACAGCGGAAGUUAUCAAGGCCAAACUUUUGCUGCUUCUGAUGAAAUUAACCAUUCUCAUGAAAUAAGUCAAAGUACGAGAAGAACUAGAGCAUCUGAAAACUCCGAUCGGUCUCUUCAUAUGUCACUUGAUGAAACAAAUAACAAUCACAGCCACAGGACCAAAACCUCAGAUCCAUCGGAUAUAUUUCUUCUAUCAACACUGCCAAAAUCAUCAUUUUCUCCUGCUAAGCCAGAUGUGGGAAAAUACGCUUCAGCUUUAACUCCUGUCACUGAAAUUAGCACCCACGAACAGCCAGCUGAUAUACCAAAUGCCGAUUGUUCUGCUACCAUUGUGUCUGCAAAGACUGUUUCGCAGAAGAAAAACGUUGAUCGUGGUCGUUCUAGACGUACAAUCCAUACAACAAGUACAAGUCCAUUACAGCUAGAAACAGAAGCAAAAUACUUGAGCAAAACCUGUCGCAAAAAGAAAACAUCUUCAAAUCAUUUUUAUUAUCCAGACGUCUGUGAAAUUGAGACUACAAAAACUCCUAAAGCACCAUCAAAUAAGAAAUUGUCUGUAAAGUCCAACCAAAAAUCUACACUCAUAAAAAGGAGGACAAAACACACCAGCAAAAAUUGCCUUCCAAUUGAAGAAGAUGAAAAUGCACCGGCUCUUAUUCAUGAGAAACAUAAACACAAACUAAGUAAAUCUACUAAAAGACAUAAACAAAGAAGAAAGUCUGCCAAAAAGCUUUACAACACACCCGUCGUCAAAUCAGCGGAACUGUCGACAAAGAAACAAGAAAAUUCUGUCAUUGUGGCUGGCGAUAGAGAGGAUGGGAAUAGAAAUAUUGUAAAUGUCUGUAAUGAAAUGGAAGAGAGUAAGAAAAAUAUUACAGCAGACUAUUUUGUUGUCGAUGAUAAUUCCAGUGAAAUUACGAAAAGUAAAAGCAGUGUGAAAGAAAUUGAUCAAGAAAAUACUGGCAAACCUACUGCUUCAAUUGACUUAUCCUCAGAAACCUUGCAGAUUUCAUCGACAAGAAGGAGGAAAAUAUUAGAUCGAGAACGAAUUUCAUCCACGAGAGUACGAACACGCAGUUAUAAAGUACCCAUCACUCCACUAGUUGUCAACGAUGUUUGCAGAUUAUUGUCAAAUCAUUCCAAAAUUGGCUGUGACAGAGAUAUACCUGCAUUGGAAGCAAAUGUUCAUAUACAAGUAAUAAAGACAAAAAGUAUGAAGCGAGAAAGAGAGAAUGCGGAUAUAGCAAGACCGAAAAAACGAAGCAAAAAAUCUACAACGUCAGACACAGAGGAUAACGAAGUUGAAUUAGUAACAUCAACUAAAAAAGUUUCUAAAAAUAAUUCCAAAAUUAAAAAGCAGACUGAAGACAAAAGUUCAAAGAAAAUAACGACAAAAGUAGAAAAAGCUGUUAGGAAACCCUUGCAAGAAAAGAAGUGGACAGCAUACCAACAUAGAAAGUUGAGAAAGCUUGUGAAUGAAGGUCUCAACUGGGAAGAUGUAUCAAAUAAAAUGGGCUUCUCUGCAGAGGAAUGUGAAAAGGCUUAUAACGAAAGAAUAUCGUCUAUGAAACGGACCAAAAAAGUAAAAGUUCAUUCAUCAGAAGAAGAAAAGAAGGGACCGGUGGAAAUUACUGCAAGACCUGGAACAUUGAAACACAGGAAACAAGUUCAUGAGGCUUUAGAAGUUUUAAAGAAACCUAGACCUGAAUAUCAAGAUUUUUUUUCUGCAGAUGUCGGACAAGAUGAGGAUAAUAUAUUUUCUUCGAACAUGUUCAAAGCUUCAGAACAAAAUUAUUUUGUACCUUUGACCCCAAACAUGAGAGCCGCUGUUUCAAUGGAUGCAACAUUAGCUACACCUGCCUGGUUUAAAACUCCAACUUCAUCAAAUAAUCAUUGCAACUGGAGUCCAAUGACAGACGCACAAACUCCGGCCGAAUUGAAACAAAUAUUCUCUCCUGAACCUGAUGUUUUUGUGGAUAAAGAUAAACAAAGGAAAGAAGCAGAUCGUGUUAUUGUUCAAAUGAAGAAGAAAAUGAUGAGAGGAACAUUGAUUGAAUAUGACAAUGCAAAGAAACAAAAUAAAGAUCCGAAGAAAAAGAGCGACCAACAAGCUGAUUGGAAUUCAAAUUUAGAUUUGGAAACAUUAAAAAAAUUCCGAAAUCAACAGAAUGACAAUAACAAUAAUGAUGACGACGACAGUGACAAAGAUGAAUACUUCGAUUGUGAUUGAAUCUACUCAAUUGGAUAAAAAUUGGAGUCUCAGUUUUUUACUGCCUAUGCUUCUGGACUAGGCGUUUUAAGUUUGAACAUCUAUGCAUUGUAUUAUAUACAUACUAGAGAUGUCACAAAUUUUAAAAUUCUUCCGAAUUACUGGCUUUUAUUACGAUUGCUAGUUUUAAACGGGUCCUCAAUCAGGGGUAAAUUCUAUAGGCUCUGGGGCUAGAUUUUACAAGCAACAAAAUUCAUGCUUUUCUAUCUUGCUAAAAUAAGCCAUCAGUUCCAUUCCAGCACAUAAUCAAAUACUGCCGUUAUCCACGUAACAAAUUGCAACAUUUUUGGGAUUGCAACAUCAUCUGUUGUAGGCAGAAUAAGUGUUAUUAUGCUCACACCCUUUUAUCUCGUAAGUCAUCAUGGGUAUUUUUAUACAUGAUAAUCCAUACCAGUGGUUUUCCAGUGCAGCAAGCCCCAGCUACAGCAUUCUAUUGAAUUCAUGAAGCUUAUGAAAGAGAUAAAAAAUCCAUGGUUACAUACUGGGUUCAGAUCAGGUCGGACUAGUAAUAUCUCUAAUACAUACUUAACUUGUGUACCUAAACAGGGUGUAUACCAGGGUGGUGCUCUGUAACCUGAACUUUUAGUGUAAUAUUUAGUGCUUUCAUUUGAUGGUAAACUUGGGAUGGUUUUUUUUUGAAUGUCGUCUAUACUUAUUUUGUUCUUCAAGAUAACAUUUUUGAUGUUAUCUUGAAGAUCUUCAAGUUUUACUUCAUGUGGUUAUAAUGUCUUGUUUUCAUACGUAUUUUAUACUUGAAUUUUGGUUGAUACCAAGGUAUUACUUGUAAAAGAUGAAAAAAUGUGCUAAAUCUUCAUGGUAAAAUGGCGUUUAUUUCAUUUAUUUUACUUUUAUUUUUAGGCUAUAUUUUUAGCGAUUUAUUAUGUUUCUAUGUGUAAAUUAAAUGUUGAUGGGUAUGAACAUAUGGGUGCGAUCUUUCAUGAGCUUGUUACUAAGUGCCAAGAUAUAGGCAAUGUUAUCAGGGGUCAUUUAACACAGUUAAUGUGAUUUUACCUUGAUCUACUUUUUCAAUUGAUCUGCAUAUGGUGUUUAUGUUUGAAAUAAAUGCAGAAAUUAAAAUCGUCCAAUGGUGUUUGCCUUGUGCAAUUGUUUAGUGGUCAAAACAGGCUAGUUGUAAUCAAGCACCAAUGUUUGAAUCACAUGCCAUGUUGAAGUUUUUGAUAUAUCAAUCGUGGAUUAGAAUAUUGGUGACUUUGUGUGAAACUAUCCAUGCUUUCCUAACUGGUUAAUACAUGACGUUUAGAUAA